AUGAGUUUCCGAGUGAAUUCUAGCAAUUCUUUUGCGGCCAUUGCGGCUAUUCUUUUUCUGCUCUUGCUCUCUAACAAACCAUGCGAAGCCCAGUUAUCUUCGACAUUCUACGAUAGUACCUGUCCAAAUGCACUUAGUAGAAUCCGAAUUUCUAUUAGAACUGCAGUGUCACGUGAACGUCGCAUGGCAGCAUCGCUGAUUCGUCUCCAUUUCCAUGACUGCUUUGUUCAGGGUUGUGAUGCAUCAAUCUUGCUUGAUGAUACUCCUUCUAUAACAAGCGAGAAGAAUGCAAGGCCUAAUAAUGGUUCAGUGAGAGGUUAUGAAGUCAUUGAUGCCGCCAAGUCUGAGGUCGAGAAAAUAUGUCCUGGUGUUGUUUCUUGUGCAGACAUACUCGCAGUCGCAGCUCGGGAUGCAUCAGCCCUUGUGGGUGGUCCAUCAUGGACAAUGAAGCUUGGGAGGAGAGACUCUACCACUGCAAGCCGAAGUCUAGCAGAAAGCAAUCUCCCUGGUUUUAGAGAUAGUCUUGAGAUACUAAUUUCCAACUUCGCCAAUCAAGGGCUUAAUGCUAGGGACAUGGUUGCUUUGUCAGGGGCACACACUAUAGGACAGGCACAAUGCUUCACUUUCCGUAAUAGGAUUCACAGCAAUGGGACAGACAUAGAUGCCGGUUUUGCCAGCACCCGGAGGCGCCGCUGCCCUCCAAGCGGCCAAAACAGCAACUUGGCACCACUCGAUCUCGUGACACCCAAUUCGUUCGACAACAAUUACUUCAAGAAUUUAAUUCAAAAGAAGGGUCUCCUCGAAUCGGACCAGGUCCUUUUUAGCGGAGGAUCAACGGAUACUAUUGUCUUGGAGUAUAGCAGGAACCCUUCGACCUUUGCGUCGGAUUUUGCAGCUGCCAUGGUGAAAAUGGGAGAUAUUCAACCUCUCACUGGUCAAGAUGGGGUGAUUAGGAAGAUCUGUAGCUCUGUCAACUAG